CUUCCUCUUUGUGAGAGUGGAGAGUGAUUUGGCUCCCCGCUUGCUCUUUACGUAGGACGGUUUCUGUCAGGCAUAACGAUAGACAGUCUCGGGCUUGCACGGGGAGGGGGAAGAAUGCAGUUCUAGGUCGUGACACGCGUGGAUGUGUUCGUGACACGCCUCAGGCGGCUGCUGUUCAAGCACCCUUGAAGCAGUAAAAGAACCGGGGAGGGAGAAUAUUUUCGAGGUUUUGGACAGGCAGGACACUAGCCAGCCCGAGGGUGGUCUGGGAGUGGGGGGAGAAGUUGAGGCGCCCCGAGGUGAGAGGGGGCCCUGCGCGGGGAGGGGGCGCCGCGCGUGCGCGAGAGGGAGGGCAGGAGCGACGGAAGCCGGGAGGCCGCUUCUGAGGUACUCGUCUCGUCCCUCUCGGGCGUCCGGAGCGGUCAGGCUAGGCAGGCUCGGGUCGAGCGAUGGAGCGGUGGAUGUCGACGGCGGCGCUGGCGGGGUGGUCGGGCUGGGGCGGGACGUGGCGGGGCGCCUGGGGGGGCUGGCCGGCCUGGGAGCUGCUGACGGCCUGCGCGGUGAUCGGCGCCCUGGGCUUGCUGCUGCGCCUGUGGGAGAGGAGAGCCGGCAGGGGCCGCGGAGGCCCUGAAGCUGCCCCGCCCGGCUCGCCUCCUGGGCCCGAGGAGAACCCGAGCUGCCGAGGGAGCCGCCAAGGGGUAAUAACAAUGGAUAACAUAUUGUCACGAUUAAAGCAGCUAACUCCUGAUGAGCUCAGAGAAGAAAUUGUCAAAGCUGGACAGAAGUGUGGGCCUAUUACACUAACCACUAGGUCAAUUUUUGAAAAAAGGUUGGCCCAAUCUCUAUGGGAAGAGCAAGGAGGAACAGCUGUGUCCAAUGGUGUACCUGGAAAUGUAGCCGUUGAUAACAGCCAAUUAGAAACCAACAAACGUCCAGUGAAUCAAAAUGGUCAUGUGGGCCCCUCUGAAGAUGGUGAUUUUGGGUACAGUAUGGGCUUGAACCCACCCGAAGAGGAGGCCCUAAUGCAGAAGAUCUGCCCUGGAUCCAUUAAUGAAGCAACAGGAGUUGAUUCUCCAGCAAGUUCUCAGACUCCUUCUAAGGAACCUCAUCAGUACUAUGGUGUAUGUCCAGUUUAUGAUGAUAUAUUGGCAAGAAAUGAGAGAGUGCAUGUAUAUGAGGAUAAAAAGGAAGCUUUGCAAGCUGUUAAGAUGAUAAAAGGCUCACGAUUUAAAGCUUUCUCAAAUAGAGAAGAUGCAGAGAAAUUUGCCAAAGGGAUAUGUGAUUAUUUCCCAUCUCCAACCAAGUCCUCUUUUUCCUUGUCUCCUGUGAAAGUGUGCUCGGUGUUUAACAGAGAUGGGUUAUGCUCUCCUGAGAUGGAAACAGUUAGUAAAGAGCGAGCCAACAGUUUUAAAAGUCCUCGUACGCAGGAUCUUACUGCCAAACUUCGGAAAGCUGUUGAGAAAGGAGAUGAAAGUGCAUUCUUGGAACUUAUCUGGAGUAAUCCUCGCUAUCUAAUUGGUUCUGGUGACAACCCAACAAUUGUACAGGAAGGCUGUAGAUACAACGUCAUGCAUGUUGUGGCCAAGGAGAAUCAGCCUGGUAUCUGCCGGUUGCUGUUGGACACUUUAGAAAACCCUGAAUUCAUGCGGAUGAUGUAUCCAGAUGAUGAUGCAGUCAUGUUACAGAAGCGUAUCAGAUACAUUGUUGAUCUCUAUCUUAAUACACCAGAUAAAAUGGGUUUUGACACACCACUGCAUUUUGCUUGCAAGUUUGGGAACCCAGAUGUUGUUAGCGUGCUUACCUCACACCCAGAUAUUGAAAAGAACCCAAAGAACAAGUAUGAACAAAGUCCAGCAGAGGUAAUUUGUGAGAGGAGUAAAAAUAAAUCUGUGGAUCUGAAAGAGAAAAUCAGGGAAUACUUGAAAGGUCAGUAUUAUGUACCGCUCUUCCGAGCAGAAGAUAAUGCCUCAGCGCCUGUGAUUGGAGCACCUUGGUCACCUGAUCAGACAGAGGGUAGCCCACAUUUUUCUUUACCCAGAUACAUCGGCAGCCCCAAAGAUCCUGUGCUAACUGUGCGGGCUUAUGCUGGCCCAAUGAGCCCUUCCAAGGCAGAAGACUUUCGCAGGCUGUGGAAGACUCCACCUCGAGAGAGAGCAGGAUUUUUUCACAAUCUUAGAAAAUCUGACCUGGAAAGAGGGGUUGAAAGAGUUGGAAGGGAGUUAGCUCAUGAACUGGGGUUCCCGUGGGUUGAAUACUGGGAAUUUCUGGGCUGUUUUGUUGAUCUGUCUUCCCAGGAGGGGUUGCAAAAUCUAGAAGAAUACCUGAAUCAACGGGAAAUGAGCAAUAAAGCUCAGCAGGAAACAGGGGAGAAUGAAACCCACAACAGAUACAAAACUGCGCAGUUUUCAGGCAAAGGUAAAAAAAGCUGCAAUUCCAUCUCUGUUGGAGCUUUUUUAGAGGAUGAUGAUAUGAGCCUGGAAGAAGUGAAGAACAGGCAGAACGCAGCUCGGAACUACAGCCGAGCGAAUGCGUCCAGUGAACCAAAAAUCAGUGAAAUUAGAGGCUCAGAGCGUGACAUCCUUUCCAUUGCACACACCGGAGGGAUAAUGCAAAUGGCAGAUGUCUCCAACAGGCACUAUGAGAAUGGGGGUCCAGCUAGUAAAAAUGGGUGUUGUAGUCCUGUGACGAGUGAUAGGACAGUAGGCACUCACAGGAGGCAUCCAAGUCGAGGGGGAGAAGAGUGCCUUCCCUCCCCCAUCUCUAAUUUAAUGGAAGAAUUUGAUAAACUGGCUUGCGAGGAUCAGACAUUGGGAGAUGAAUGUUCAACAGGGAAGCUGAGCCAAGCCGUUUCAGAAAGCAAAAAUGGGAGAUUUCAGAAGGAAAGUACAAGGCAGCUUAGGAAAUCUAGGGAACACCUGACUAAGAUAGGUGCAGCUGCUGGAAAGACUGAGGAUACAAAAAUAAGGACAGAAGAUAAAAUGCCACUAGAUGGAAGACCAUUAGAAGAAAUCAAUGACUGGAGUGGAGAGAGGAAGCAGGUUUGUCAUUCUGAACUGCAGUCUGAGAUGUCUCCAAGAGGUCUCUUAAAGACCCCACCGUCAACCGAAAGAGCCAAGAAGCUGUUUCUCUUAGGUGAGAAGCCAUCCAAAUUGGACAAUGAUGUCUUAACAGCUCUAAAUGGUGUAGAGAUUGACCCACAAAGAUAUCCUGCUAUUUACAAGUGGACCACUUCUGUACAAUCCUACUCUUCUUCCGACCGGCAGAGUUGGUCAAGUCCAGCUCUGAAAGGUGGUUUCAAGCAGCAAACAGGCCCAAGCUCGUCUGGUGGCCCAUUACAUUGUAGCCCUGGAAAGUACAGCACAGCUGCUGCCAAUUUUUCUCCAGAAUUUAGGAGUCCUGGACGGUACAGCCCAGCAUAUGUGAACCACAUUCUGUUCUCCAAACUGCAUCACUCUUCAGGAGCGCCAGCUCAUUAGACUAUGACUGUUUUGAUAAUCUAAAUUUUUUUAAAACUGAAGGAAAAAUUAAGGUGUUGAAACACUGGCCUAUGGUGUGUUUUUGUUCUUCUUGGAGGAAGGGGCUGUUCACAGCAAACGUCUUCAUUCCGUUUAGUAGAUAGCUUAUUGGUGACUUGUAGAUUAGUAACAGUUAUGUGUUAGUUAGUAGUGAGAGGUCUCCUCCUGAACAGUAGAACUAAAACAUUCCUGAAAAUAAUCCUGGCUAGAAAGGAUGAUGGCCUUUUUGUAGAACAAGAAGUGCUUGUCACCAAGUCUGCUGCAUCCUCUCAACUUCUCCACAUUCAUAUCCCUUUCAUCGUAGCAGUGGUAGACCAGAGAGCACUCAAGAUAGCAAGUUACAUACCAAGAUUAGUCUUCCAGUUGAGCUGAGAGAGAAAAAAUGGCGGGGGGGGGGGGGAAGGGGGUGGUCUGCUUGAAAACUGAACCGUUCAUCAGUGUACAUAACAAAUUUAUGGAUGACUAAUUAAAAUUAAUGUUGGUUAAAAGCAGCAGGUGAUCACUUAAGUGUCCUAUGCUGAAACUGUUAAGAAAAACUAAUGUUAGAAAUUAAUGGUGAUGUUUAAGUUUGUGCUUGAAUAGGUUUUUCUGCCCUCAAAUGCAAAAUGCUGACUUCACAGUUCCUACAUACAAUCAUCAUUAGCAAUAACACUACAAAAGUUUCCAAGUGAUCUACUGUAGUCUUAUAUUUACUAUCAUACUAUGGGAACAAAUACGUUUGGAACAGGUUUCAUAUGUGUAGAAUACCUAACUGAGGGGUCCCACUAAAGUACUUCAUAACUUACUUGAGAGUUAAAGAUCCAGGAUUUUUUUUUUUAAAGAAUGAACCUGCAUCUAUUUUUUGUUGUAUUAAUGAGCCUUUUCUAGCAGCACAUAAAUACACAUUGUCAUGUACAUGUUAUCUAAAAUAGGGGAAAGGUACUUCUUCCAAAAUAGUGCUUGAAGAGAAAGUGAUGGAGGAAAAUAUUACCCAGCUUGCAAUCAUUUCUGUAGCAGCAACUGAGUUGGUCUAUUUCUUACACUGGGUGUAAUGACCAUUUUGUAUACUGUUCCUAACUGUCCAACUGUUUUGGUACCAAACUCCAGAACUGCACUUAAGGCUCUUCCAAUUUAAUUAGUGCCUUUUGUAACAUAUUUUUAUGUUUAAUAACAAGUGCUAUUCCCUUAUAUGAGCACUUUAAUUUUAACUUGGUAACACUCAGGUGAAGUGUUUUCAUGCUGUUUCUUAUUGUUUGGGAGGCUGUAAGCAGCUGUUUGCUACAUAGUAUAUUUAUUUAAAUCAUAGGUUAUAUAGCUGACCUACAUGUACAUUAAUGAAUGUAUUUAUAUAUAUCAUCCUACUAGUUUUAAAGUAAUUGGUCAUUCAAAACAUGGAGCAAGCUAUUUAACUUUCAUAUGGCUCUUCCAGAUUUGCUUCGGAAUUAGCAGUCUUACAUCUUUCCCAUAAACAGCAACACAGAUUGCCAGAAUGCUGAAUUCCAAGGCAGAGCUCUAUAUAAAUUUUAGGGAUUUCAUCUCUGCAACAGUGUGGAAAGGAAGUUUCCGCAAAGAUUCCUUUGGAGGGGGAAAAUGUUGCCAACAUUAGAAUUCAAUGUCUAUAAAUCCCUUAGCAUGGUUUCAGAGCCAAGAAAUUCAAGCUGACACGAGUAAUUGGCUAGGGUGACCUGUUCCCCACUCUGCUUUGUAUGUUUGACAAGGCUGAAAACAAACCAGACUAUAACACCCUUAUCUAGUUAUGUCAGUUCAACUGCCAAACAAUAUUAAUAGAAAACGUUCACUUAGAAACAUCAUAACUUUGAUAAAACAAACUUAGACUGACAGUGUUUUGUUUUCUUCUUUUCCCAUGUGACAGGUAUGCAUUUUUGUAUUUGUAGUGUGUACUUCUGGAGCACAAACUGUGUAAACACUGGUGUGGCAGCAGGGAGGGGUCCAAAGUGUUGGUAUUAGAAUAAUAUUAAUGUAACUACAAUUCACAUUUGAGUCCUUUUUGUCAGUGUGUUACAUGACUUUUUAACCACAUUAUUAAAUUUGCUUAUU